AUGUCGCACUCCCCCAAACGCACGACGCCCGUCCCGCUCACCUCCCCCGAGGCCCUCCAGCUCCGCCGCGUGAUGACGCGCUUCGACGGGACGGGCCUGAAUCUCGAAGGCGAGGAGUCUCCGGUGGAGACACCCGACGCCUCCAACGGCCAUCGCAGAUCCCUUUCUUCCACGAUACACGACCUCGCGGCCAAAAUAGUGCACGUAUAUGGCCGGGAGGACGCGCAGCUGGACCUGGAGGCCCAGAAAUAUCGAUGGCACUACGAAUAG